UUAACGCGUUGCAUUCGUUUUGUGUGUCUGCUAUCCUUUCCGUAACUUUGCAUUUGAGUUUCCUUAAUUCUUAAACAAUAAGAAAAGCUGUCAAUUUUGGCUCUUGGGGUAAAUAUCUUUUCAAAAAUGGGGACGGAAAAGAGUGAUAUAAAGCGCAAACAUGAAGAUUUCGAUGAUGAAGACGAACCCGUCGUGAAAACAAGAGAACCAAUUGCCAAAUCUCGUCUGUGUCCUUAUUUGGACACAAUAAACAGGACAGUUUUGGAUUUUGAUUUUGAAAAACUCUGUUCAGUCUCGCUCACAAGGAUUAAUGUCUAUGCAUGUUUGGUGUGUGGAAAAUACUUUCAAGGAAGAGGCCCCAGCACACAUGCAUAUCUUCACAGUGUGGGAGAGGGACAUCAUGUUUUUUUGAACCUUCACACCCUAAGAUUCUAUUGUCUGCCAGACAACUAUGAAAUCAUUGAUUCAUCACUCGAUGAUAUCAAAUAUGUCUUGAAUCCAACAUUCAAAAAAGCAAAUAUUGCAGUGUUGGAUGUCAUUGAUAAAGUAUCUAGGUCUUGUGAUGGUACUCUUUACCGUCCUGGAGUAGUCGGACUGAAUAACAUCAAAGCUAAUGAUUACUGCAAUGUAGUUCUCCAGGCUUUAUCUCAUGUUGUUCCACUACGCGAUUACUUUCUCAGGGAAGAGAACUACAUUGGUAUCAAGCGUCCUCCUGGAGACAAUAACGUCAUCUUAGUUCAGCGUUUUGGUGAAUUGAUUCGUAAGCUUUGGAAUCCACGCAACUUUAAGGCUCACGUUUCCCCCCACGAGAUGCUCCAGGCUGUCGUUCUGUGCAGUAAAAAGAAAUUCCAAAUUACAAGCCAGGGUGAUCCAGUGGAAUUUCUUUCGUGGUUUUUAAAUGCGUUGCAUCUGGCAUUAAACGGUACCAAGAAGCCAACUUCUUCAAUCAUCUACAAAUCUUUUUUGGGAGCAAUGAAAAUUCAUUCUCAGCGAAUCCCACCCAUCGAUGCCACUGAUACAGAAAAGGAUGCACUGAUGUUGACUGCCGAAUACGUCGAAACAUUUGUCGAUUCGCCUUUCCUUUUUCUGGCAGCCGACUUGCCUCCUCCUCCUCUGUUCAAAGAUGAAUUUCGCGAAAACAUCAUUCCGCAGGUAUCUCUGUUUGCAUUGCUGUCUCAAUUCAAUGGAGUCCAGCAAAAGGAAUACAAGACCUACAAGGAAAAUUUUUUGAAGAGAUUCGAAUUGACAAAACUGCCACGUUACAUUAUUCUCAACAUCAAGAGAUUCACGAAGAACACGUUUUUCAUAGAAAAGAAUCCCACCAUCAUAAACUUCCCCAUCAGGGGUGUGGAUUUUGGAGAUAUUCUAGGCGCAGAUGUUCGCGCCAAACACGGCUGUACCACAUACGAUCUGUUGGCCAAUAUUGUACAUGAUGGAGAACCAACCAAGGGAACUUAUCGUGUUCACAUACUUCAUAAGGCGACAGGAAAAUGGUUUGAAAUGCAAGAUCUGCACGUGACAGAAAUUCUUCCGCAGAUGAUCACUCUCACAGAAGCUUACAUUCAGAUAUGGGAACAAUCUACGGAAAGAAGCGACGUUGAAAUGUCCAACUGAAAUUUCUGUCAAAAGUGUAAAACCCGAGUUGAAAUAAAUAUUCAAAUUCGUACUAAA